AUGGACAUUGAUGCAACCUAUCCUAGCUAUGGAUAUUCUCCCCAACUUGGAUAUGGUUCUGGCUAUCCUCUCUACAGUGGACUCGGUUCUUUGGGUGGUGGUUUAGGACUUGGCAGCGGCCUUGGAAUUGGCAGUGGUCUAGGCAGCGGUCUUGGCUUCUUUGAAGGAUUAGGCACUGAACUCGGUACCCUCAAUGGUUUUAGACUUGGCAGGGGAAUUGAUUCCUUCGGUGGUUUAGGAAGUGGACUUAGCGGCUUUGGACUAAAUGGGCUUGGCUUAUUUGAAGGACUAGGUGGAGUGACCGGAUAUACUCCAAGCCAUGGUCUUGGAAACAGUAUCGGAUACUCUCCCUGCCCUACCUACAAUACUGGAUUUGGAGGUUUGGGUGGAUUAGGAAGUUUGGGAGGAUUAGGGUCUAACCUAGGUGAAUUAGAUGGAUUAAAUGGAGGACUUGAUGGUUUGGGUGGACUGAAUGGAGGUCUUAUCAGUGGAAGCAUCGGUGGAGGUUAUCACAGUGAGUAG